AUGGGUACAGACGACUUCGGAAUCACCCAUCUGAAACUGUUCUGCGUCUAUCCCAACGCCAGUGAUGCCAAUGACAUGAUUGUAGGGGUAAAUGACAACAACCCUCCUGGAGCCUGGGAAGAUGUGCAAGUGUGCCCUGAGGGGAAGUGGCUGAAAACUUGGAUGCAGGCGGUGACCCCUUCUCUAGGCUCAGACGACGACGACGCCCUGAACAACAUAGUCUUCUAUUGCUCUUCGGAUGCGAGUGGCCGCUCUGAUGUAGUCGGACAAAGGCUGCUGGGAACAGGUGAUGGCCGAUACGCCCAAAGCAGUACCGUAACAUGCCCCUUCUCGACCUUACCUUGUGGUGUGAGAGCGAAGGUCCAUGCUUACCAGGCGUCGGGGGACGACACCGCCGUGAACCACGUCCAGUUCGCUUGCUGUUUCAUCGAUUUGUAAUGUGUCAAGAUGUCACGUGUAGUGUAAUAAGUAAUGGCACUGUGCAUCGCUUCAGAAAUGACUAAAGGAUGCUCGAAAAGUAGUCUGGAAAAUCCCUUGCUGGAAACUAUGAAGCAUGUGUUUCAAGAUGUGUUUACUAUUAGACAUGUCUAAUGUUGGAGAUAUUAGUUUUAGCCCUGAAAAAAUGCAUACCUGUUGUGGCGUUUCCGAUAGUUUGUAUAUAGUCAUAUACUCUAAUCACAGUCAUGCUCCCAUUACCACAGCGUCGCCAAUGCUCUUCGACCACUGAGGGGGUAGUCGUGUUUACUGUU